AUGGACUUAUCGACAAUUGCCUGUUUCCGAUGCGUUACUGAUACCUCUACAGAUGCGACUACACUGACAGAUGGCACCGUUGACUCCUGUGCCCCAUCCGUUCCUUUCACUGUUCUCUUCGUCCUCUGUGGAAUGAUAACCAUCUUUUCAAACGUUAUCAAUCUCAUUGCGCUUAAUCACGCCCAGCAGUGCUUCAACGACAACACCCGCUUGUGCUUCCAAGCGGUAGCAAUCGUCGACUUCUUCGUCGGCCUAUUCUGCUGUACUUUCCAUUCUCUCCGCUUCUCUGGGUUGUCCAUCUCAAAGACAAGGACCUUUUCCAUCAUCGGAGUCAUCGGGUGUUCGACGCUCUUUAAUCAGUCCAUCAUGAUCCUAGCCUGCGUCAGCAUUGACAGGUAUCUCGCCGUGACGCGGCCAUUGCGCUAUCACACAAUCGUCACAAAACAACGCAUGAUUCUUUUGAUAUUCUCAGGGGUUGCCAUCGGUACUCUGAACUCAUCCGCAAGCUUUACUCACAAAAUCGUUGCUGGAUUCAGCGAUUUAAAAUUUGCCUCCGUGGACAUCGCCACACAUCCUAUACUUGUUAUUUACUUCGCACUCAUUCUUGCAUCAGCUGGCGUAACAACGUUCUGUAACGUUACUCUUAUUACGCUGGCAAGGAAGCAUAGGCGUCGCAUAGCUGCAGUAGCAAACAAUACGGAACGCGGUAAAACAGCCGAAUCAGACGCGGUCGGGCAUCAGCCUCGCGGUAAUAAGGACCUGCGGACUAUUUUCGCGGUCACCGGUGCCUUCUACAUAACAUGGGGAGCCCAGGUGUCGGUGAAUUUCACAAGUGCUGCCAUAGGAAAAGAGAUACCCUGCAUUGCUCGAAACGUCCUUCUCAUCUUUGUCAUUAGCAACAGUUUCUGGAAUGCACUUAUUUAUCUCCUCAUGAAUUCUACAUUUCGUAAGAUUGUAUUUCGAAUGUUUGCCAGAGACUCUUUCGCUGCAAAUUUAGUCCAAUCUGUUACUGGCUAA